AUGGAGGCGGCGACAACAACGACGGAAUCUGGUCAAUGCUUCGGCUGGAAGAAGACGGCUAUAGCAAUAACCCACUGCAAGCGAGGUAAAGGUUUGAUCAAGAUCAACGGUGUACCUAUCGAGCUAGUUCAACUAGAGAUUCUCAGGUACAAGGCUUAUGAACCUAUUUUACUUUUAGGAAGACACCGUUUUGCUGGUAAGUAUGUUGAUGAGCAGUCAAAGAAGGAGAUUAAGGAUAUACUGAAUCAGGUUUUAGGACAACAAGUAAUUUCCUGUGAAGAUUUAUCGUCUGGUGCUCUACAACCUGAUAGUUCGUUUUUGAAUCCAAAGAGUUUUUCUAUAUGGGGUGCUGCACCAGAGGUGUUUGAGAGUGAAAAUGAGGAUAACAGAGGAGCAAAAUCUUAUAUGUGGCUAUUGGGAAUAACAACACUGGAAUCGGUGACUACACCAGAGCAAGUUGUAGGUUGGCCUCCAAUUUGUUCAUUUAGGAAAAAUCUUGCAAGUAGCAGCUCUGUGAAAUCUGCAAUUGAGACACAAAAUGUGGUCCCAAAUAAGAGUGCCAACAAAAAAUCAAUGGAAAUUUGUCAGAAAGGAUUAUUUGUUAAGAUCAACAUGGAUGGUAUUCCUAUUGGAAGGAAAGUACAUCUCAAAGCUUAUGACAGCUAUGACAAAUUCUCUUCUGUUGUUGAUCAACUUUUUAGAGGCCUUCUUGCUGGUAAGUUACUUAUCUACUCUUUCCGUGGAUAA